CAUAUGCAUAACUUUCUAUUUUAGGUAUUGGAUAAAACCUGUGAAGCUGUCGAGACAGAGUUAAGGUUGAGCACUCACUCUCACCUUCAACUGGAUAGUCGCAACCCCUUCCAGACACCACUCAAGGAUAUUUCUCCUGUGCUGUGCCUGCAGCCACUCACGUUACUUAAUUCUCUCAUUUCAGUAAAAGAUUAUGUUGAGCAGUAUCUGGAGAGGACAUUCUAUGCUCUGACUGUUGUGGCUCCUCAUGACUGGAGAACCUACGAGGAGAUGCGUAACCUUGCUGUGUCUAAAUACAACCUCUUCACUGUGCCUUCACAUCUGCCGUCUCACACACUUGAUCAGGGUGUGGAUGUUCUGGAGAUUAUGCGCAACAUUCAUGUGUUUGUUCAGAACUAUCUGUAUAACCUGAACCAGCAGUUCUUCAUGGAAGCUAGCAGCAACAAUAAGCAUCUCAACACUGUUACCAUCAAGCAUAUUGCUAACUCUAUCCGUACACAUGGAGCUGGCAUCAUUAACACAACAGUGAACUUCACUUAUCAGUUCUUACGACGGAAGUUCCACGUCUUCUCUCAGUUCCUGUAUGAUGAACACAUCAAAUCGCGUCUACUGAAGGACUUGCAACACUGGAGGCAGGUUAAAAUCAGUCAAGAAUAUUUUCCUUACGAACGAGCACAGAAGUUUAACCGUGGCAUUCGCAAACUUGGAUUAACUGGAGAUGGACUGUCAUACCUGGACCAGUUCAGAGGACUUAUUACCCAUAUUGGAAAUGCCAUGGGUUACGUCCGCUUGGUACGUUCCGGGGGUCUUCACUGUUCAAGCAAUGCAGCACGUUUCAUCCCAGACCUUCAGGAUGUAGUGAGCUUGGUACAGCUGUGUGAAGAUGCCCACGUGUCUGCAGAAACUAUCAGAGCAGCGGAGAACUUGGAUGCAGUCAUAAACAGUCUCACUCGCAACUUUCAUCAGGACACAGAUUAUUUUAAGCUUCUAGUGGAUGUGUUUGCUCCAGCUCUCCGUGACAACAAAAACAGUCAUCUUAAGAACUUCUACCUCAUCAUUCCUGCCAUGACAGUCAACUUUGUAGAACAUUCCCUGGCUGCUAAAGACAACAUGAGCAAGAAGAACAGGACAGGAGCUGCAUUCACUGAUGAUGGUUUUGCCAUGGGACUGGCUUAUAUGCUGAAGGUACUUAACCAAAAUUCUUCCUUUGACUCCUUACACUGGUGGUCUGGGGUGAGACGACGCUUCAUCAAAGAACGUGAGAAAGUAAGUUAUGCAAAUCAUCUUGUUCUGCUACUUGAUGUUGCCAUGACAUUGGCACUCUGUUGUUGUUGUUGUUAUUAUUAUUAUUAUUAUUCCCCAGAAUCAUUUGCCUCUACUCCUAUCUAA